UUUAAAUUAAUUGUGGUUAUAGCAUUAAGCAGUUUUAAUGAAGUGCAAACAUUAAAUAUAUUAGGUGUUUUUCCAUUACCAGCUAAAAGUCAUUUCUUCGUAUUUGCUCCGUAUUUAAAGGAACUAGCAAAUCGUGGUCAUAAUGUGACAGUCAUAUCAUUUUACCCCCAAAAGGAUCCCAUACCAAACUACCAUGACAUAAACUUAAGCGAAAAUUCGCAACCUCUUCAAAUAAGUCAUCCAGUUACCAAAUCACUGUUCGUAAUUUUUCUUUCUCUAACUUUACUCCAAGCUCUUGCUGGACCUUUUACAUGUAGAAUGCUAUUGGAAGAUGAAAAUGUUCAAAAUUUAUGGGCAACGCAAACGAAGUUUGAUUUGGUCGUUGUGGAACAAUUUAAUAGUGAUUGCGGAUUGGCAUUAGCACAUGUUUUGGGAGCACCUGUUAUAGGAAUAACAUCUCAUACGUUAAUGCCAUGGCAUUACAGCAGAUUCGGAGUUCCAUACAAUCCAUCUUAUGUAACAUUUGAUUUCUUUGAAGGUGGAACGCAUCCAACCUUUCUUCAAAGAAUUUUAAGGACAAUAAUAUACAAUCACGUCAACUUUAUAUUUUAUCAUGUAACUCAUCGAUUAGAGCAAAAUAUUAUUGGAGAAUUUUUUAAUGAUCUUCCUCCACUAAAAGAAUUGGCAAAGGAUAUAAAGUUAGUACUCGUAUAUCAGAACUUUAUGCUAUCUGGUUCAACUAUAAUGCCGUCUAAUAUUAUUGAAGUCGGUGGCUACCAUGUAGCAAAAGUGAAACCUUUGCCUGAUGAGUUACGAAAGUUUAUCGAAGACUCCGAACAUGGUGUAAUAUACAUCAGUUUUGGAACCUUAUUGAAAGCAUCCACAAUACCACCUGACACUUUACAAGAAAUAAUAAAUGCCUUAGAGGAAUUACCUCAGAGAGUCAUUUGGAAAUGGAACAAACAAUCCCUUCCUGGCAAUCCUAAACACAUUUAUUUAGCUAAAUGGUUGCCACAAAACGACAUAUUAGCUCAUCCAAAAGUCUUGGCGUUUUACUCACAUUGUGGUUUAUUAGGCACCACAGAAGCGAUCUAUCAUGGCGUACCAAUAGUCGGUAUGCCGAUUUAUGGAGAUCAACCAACAAAUGCCGCAGCUAUAGAAGAAAGCGGACUUGGUGUACAAUUACAUUACGAGCUUCUAACAAAAGAUUAUCUUCUUGAGAAAUUUAAAACUGUUCUUGACCCUAAAUUCCGUGAAAGAGUAAAAUUCUUGUCUAAAGCUUGGCACGAUCGUCCAGUAAAAGCAAUGGAUACUGCAAUUUUCUGGACGGAGUUUGCAGCUCGCCAUAAGAAUUUCACAUUCAGAACCCCGGCAGCUGACGUUCCUUUUUACCAGUAUUUCUGCUUAGAUAUAUUAGCAAUUUUGUUCCUAUUUUUCGCCGUAACUAUUGCGAUUCUCAAAUAUUCAAUAACAAUACUAAUAAAAAUUGUAUUUGCAUCAAAAGAUUUAUCGAGCAAUGGCGUGAGAAAAGUAAAAGUCAAUUAAAUUAAUGAAUACUUACUAAUUAAUUUAUAACUAUUUUUUCAUUAUUUUAAACUAAAUCAG